AUGAACAUGACCAACAGCGAGCCCAUAGAGCCUGCUCCACCAGACACGUUGGACGAAGAAGAAGGCUUUCAGGGAUCAGACUACGGAGGAUCAGACUAUGGAGAGUCCCUUGCGUCUUCGGGCUUUACCUCACUCGCUUCCCGUGUGAUGAAGCACUCGCACGAGGGUGGAAGACGCUAUCAGUCCUUUCUACAAGGCAUCUAUCCACUUCCGAAUGAUGAGACGGAGCAGUUCCGUGAAGAGAUGAAGCACCAGCUGAUAAAGCGCCUUCUCGACGAGAACGACUACCUUUCACCAAUCGGCAGCAACCCGCAAAAGAUUAUGGACGUCGGCACCGGCACCGGUCUCUGGGCGGUUGACAUUGCGGACAAGUUCCCUAGUGCACACGUUAUCGGUGUAGAUAUAUCGCCCAUCCAGAACUGCUACGCGCCGCAAAACGUUGACUGGAGAAUUGAUGACAUUGAAGAAACCUGGUCACCGCUGUACGCGAACUUGGACUUUAUCCACAUGAGGUCGGUCUGCGUGACUCUGCGACAACCAGUCAAGGUCAUCCAUUCGGCGUACCAAAAUCUCAGGCCAGGCGGCUGGAUCGAGUUCCAGGACGCAGGCGUCAGAAUCGGGUGCGACGAUAAUACGCUACCCAAAGACUACGCACCCGCCAAAUUCAUGGAUAGGUUCAUCAGCACCUUCAAGACGCACUACGGCUGGGACCUGGAGUUUCCCGAUAUCCUGCCGGAUAUCUUACGCGAGGCCGGAUUUGUCAACAUCCACUACCGGUUCUUCAAGCUGCCCAUUGGACCGUGGGCCAAGGACCGCCAACAGCGCGAGAUUGGCCUCUUUCUGAGCAAAGAUGUGCUGUGGCAGCUCGUCCGCGCCGUGCUCGUCAAAUGGUCGCAGCUGGGCCUAACCAAGCAGGAAGCCGAUACCAUGGAACAGGACAUCCGAAAGGCGUUCCACGACACACGCAUACAUGGAUAUCUUCCGUGGAUCUCCGUCUGGGCCCAAAAGCCGCCCGCCUGA